AUGAAUUCAACAAAGCCCUCCUGGUUACAAAUAUGGAGACUUCAUGUAGAUCCUAAUACUCUGGUGGCUAAUGUCAUUAAAGCCAAGAACCACCCUCAGGAAGAUGUUCUGAAUGCUAAAGUUGGAAACAAACCAAGUUACCUAUUGAGAAGUCUUCAAGGCAGUAUCGAGCAUGUUAAGAAAGGUAGUUGUUGGAACAUUAGGAAUGACUCUAUACUAGAAAUCACUCUCUAUAACUUAGAGGAGGAUGAAUGGUUAGGGUGGAAGGCUAAUAAAGAUUGGCACUACAAUAUUAAAUCCAACUAUCAUAGUAUUUAUACCUGGAGCAACAACAACCUGAUUGAUGUUUCUGACAUAAACAAGGAAGCUCGGGUUUGGAAGAAGCUUUGGAAAGCUAAAGCUACUCCUAGGAAAAUCAUCCUAGUUUGGAGAUUUCUCAAUGACAUCAUUUCUGUCAGAGAAUACCUCAAUGCUAAGAACAUCACUAAGGACAUCUUGUGCCCUAGAUGCAACUCUAAGAUGGAAACUAUAGACCAAUGUUUUAGUGGCGGACAAAGGGUCCAACAUCUUUGGUACGGAUCCCAACUUAACCAUAAGUUCACAUCUAAUACCUAUAACUAUUUCAAUAGUUGGAGCAGACACAACAUUCCCAUUAUGCCUGAAGAGACCCUAAACAGAUGCAUAAACAUCAUAGACAGUAUAUGGAAAACUUGA